AUCACAGUAUAUUCUUUUUCACCAUAUAAAACGUUAUUAUAAAAUCCCAAGAAAAACAUUCACUUUCAUUCUUCUCCCUUUUUCACACCCCUUCCAAAAUCUUCCCAAAUCAAUUCACACUUUCUUCCUCAAACCCCUUUUUAAACAAAAUUCAAAACCAUUUUCUCCCUUUUACCCCAAAAUCUACCUUCAAUUUUUUAGGGUUUUCAAGAACCAAAUAGCAGAAUCAGCAGCUUAAUCUCAAGCUUUUUCGAGGAGCAACAAUGGCGGGUUAUGGAGAUGCGAGUCAAAAGGUGGACUAUGUGUUCAAAGUGGUGUUAAUUGGUGAUUCAGCAGUGGGUAAGUCUCAGAUAUUGGCUAGAUUUGCAAGAGAUGAAUUUAGUUUGGAUUCAAAAGCAACAAUUGGUGUUGAGUUUCAGACUCGAACCCUCGUUAUUCAGCACAAGAGUGUUAAAGCCCAGAUCUGGGAUACUGCUGGCCAAGAACGGUACAGAGCUGUCACAAGUGCAUAUUAUAGGGGAGCAGUCGGUGCAUUAUUAGUUUAUGAUAUAACAAAGCGCCAAACCUUUGAGCACAUACCAAGGUGGCUGGAAGAGUUGCGCGGCCAUGCUGACAAGAACAUAGUCAUCAUGCUUGUUGGGAACAAAAUUGAUCUUGAGGAUCAGCGUGCAGUUGCAACUGAAGAUGCCAAAGAGUUUGCAGAGAAAGAAGGGCUUUUCUUCCUAGAGACCUCAGCUUUAGAUUCAACAAAUGUGGAAACAGCUUUUAAUACUGUCUUAAACGAGAUAUUCAGCAUUGUAAACAAGAAGACAUUGGCUGCCAGUGAUGAACAAACUAACGGCAACCCUGCACCAGCAGCUGGGAAGUCGAUCUUAGUUCCCGGUCCUGGUCAAGUAAUCUCUGAAAAGAAAGGAAUGUGUUGUAGUUCGUAAAGUCGUUUGCAAUUUUGGUCGUAUGUUGGUCAACUCUUUCAUUAUUGGUUUUCUCUUAAACAUUGUACUGUAUUUGAGGAUAGAGAUUGGGGAUGAUGAGAUUGGGGAGGGGUUUUUGGUUGCUAAAUUUGGUUUGUAAAAAUCUGUCGGUUAGCUUGUUUGGAAGGAGGUACAGCUAGUUGAUCUAAUGUGUGAUAUAGUAUGGCGCCCUAAAUGUUACACAUUUUUUAUCCUUGUGUUUAACUAUAUCAAUAGAUUUGAUUAUUUGAAGGUUGGUUAA